ACUCUCAAGAGUAAGCAAGCAAUUUCAAACCUGUACAGCAAGCGCUUGUCUGGAGAUGAGGGGAAGAUGAGCUCCGAGUCCCCGACAGCUCCGAGGAUGUCAGCCCGCAAUCAGCGGCCGAGGGGGGAGGGAUCAUUAUUGCCCCGACCUCCGCCGCCUUUCUGGCUGUGCUUUUCGCCAUUUCUCCUUCGUUAACAAUCAUGUGUGGUAUCUUCUUCUCGCUUGGAGCUUCGCAAGCUGUACUUCCGAACGAGGAGACCUGCUGCUUGCUACGGUGCAGGGGACCGGACAACUACCACGUCCACACUGUGGAACACAAUGUGAUCGGCAACAAUCAAACAAUUAGCGGAGCAUCCGCAACUGUUUUUCUUAGCUUCGCCUCGACCGUCUUGUCGAUGAGAGGCGACCAUGUGGUCCCUCAACCUCUGGUAGAUGCGAAUACCGCAUCCGUGCUCUGCUUCAAUGGUGACGCCUGGAAGAUCAAAGGUGAAUCGAUUAAGGGCAAUGAUGCUGAACUGAUCUUUAGUCUCUUGUUGGAAGCCGUGAACAGGCCGAAUGCAGACUCUCCGGAACAGCAGGACUCUCCGGAUGUCGUCCAAAGGGUCGUGGAUGUCAUCGGUAGUAUCUCCGGCCCUUUCGCCUUUGUGUUCUACGAUGCUGUCAACUCGAAGAUCUACUUCACCAGGGACUGUCUGGGACGACGCUCUCUGUUGCAGGGUGUUGAUGAUGAGGGCAACUUCAAGGUCUGUAGUCUGUGUGACAGCACAACUACCACUCAUUUCACCGAGGUCGAGACGGACGGAGUAUAUAUGAUCGACCUCGAGCAUGCUUUCAGUCCCUCAGGCUCAUGCUCAGGAGCCAGCGGCAGUGCUGUCGUUUUCUCUACGGACAGCAUACACACCCUGUUCUGGGAUCAGGAAGAAUCCCCCCUUCGUCCAAAAAACCCCAUUCCUCCAAUGAACCGAUCUCUUCCCGAAGGAUCCACCGCUCCACCACUGACUACCGAAACCCCAGUCAUCUCAGCCCUGGAACAGAAGCUGCGCCAAUCCCUAGCGUUACGAAUAAACAAUGUGCGAGAACCUCCGACAUCACCGACCGGUAGCAGAGUCAAAGUUGCUGUCUUGUUCUCAGGAGGGCUUGACUGCUCCUUGCUCGCCAGACUUUCCCACGAGAUCCUCCCUGAAAACGAAACAAUCGACCUACUUAACGUCGCUUUCGAGAACCCACGGGUUGCAGCUGCGGCCGCCAAACAAGGUGGAGGUGGGGAUAUAGGCUCCGUGUAUGAAAGCUGUCCCGAUCGAAUGACGGGUCGAGCAACCUUCGCCGAGCUCCAGCGGGUCUGCCCCGGUCGAAAUUGGCGCUUCGUCGCCAUUGACAUCCCGUAUACAGAAACUCUCGCGCACCGAGACACUGUGAAGCGGCUAAUGAGGCCGCACAACACGGAGAUGGAUCUGUCUAUUGCAUGCGCAUUGUACUUUGCCCCCCGCGGACAGGGCCAAGCGUACGAUAGCCACCGGCCAGAGGGCAAUCACGAACCAACCUCGUACACCACCUCCGCCCGCGUCCUCCUCUCCGGUCUCGGUGCAGACGAGCUCUUUGCAGGUUACUCACGACAUGGGGCUGCCUUCUCGCGCGACGGAUUCGCCGGUCUGAUUGACGAGAUCAACCUUGAUGUGAGUCGCCUGGGGAAGCGCAACCUGGGCCGUGACAAUCGAGUCAUCGCCCACUGGGGCCGCGAAGCGCGCUUCCCUUUCCUGGACGAAGACUUCGUCUCCUGGGUCGUGCAACUCCCCGUCUGGGAGAAAUGCGGUUUCGGAACCACCGCCGCCAGUGAAACCACAUCAGAAGAAGAAGACGCCGAAGCCGGAAUUGACUCCGAAAAGAAAGCCCUGCGCCUGGUCGCUCUCCGUCUGGGCAUGACCAAUGUCGCCCGCGAGAAGAAACGCGCCAUCCAAUUCGGAUCCCGAACCGCAAAGAUGGAAAAGGGUAGAGUAAAAGGCACCGAUGCGCUCAGCUGAAUAUAACAAAAACAGAACAUAACUCCAUUACCCCCCUUCACCGUUUGCUCCCCCCCCGAGACAGUAGAACAAACGAUCACAAUCCAAACCCCCCCCCCUUUUCACCCACAAUCUCCUCGCCAGAAACAAACAAAAGAAAGACCAGCAGAUGAUGACAAACCCCAAGAAUCAGAUACUUCCGAGACCCAGCCCCUCUAGCUAGUCCUGCUUUCCUCUUCCUACCCAUUCGCUUCCCUCCCCCGGGUUGCCUAUCUCAAGUCCCCGAAAGGAAGGUAGUCACUAUUCAGACACUCCAUAAUCCACACCAACAAAC